UAAAAAUCCAAAUUGUUAGUUGGUGUCGGCAGUAGUAAUUGUGAGAGAAGGGUAUUUAGUUGUACUAGGAUUUUGGAUUGGUGUUGUUCACUCAAGUUUUCAGAUUAACUCAUAUUAAGCCAACAUGAAAGAUCAAGACGAAAUUGUUAUAUCUGGAGCCUCAGGCCACUUCCCAAAUUGCAGCAAUUUUGAAGAGUUAAAGGAAGCAUUAAUUGGUGGCUAUGAUUUACUAUCAGAUUCACCCCGCUAUGAUUUAAGUUUCAAAGGCAUUUCAGGGCGAACGGGGCAAGUGAAUGAUAUUGAUAAAUUUGACGCUUCAUUUUUCGAGAUGCAUCCAAAAUGGGCUGAGUAUACUGAUCCACGCCAUAGAAUUCUAUUGGAAACUGUGUUUGAGGCCAUCAUUGAUGCUGGAUAUAAUCCAAAGGAACUCAGAGGAACAAAAACAGGUGUGUUCGUUGGCAUGGCCAUGGCUCUCAUAUCUGAAGAAAACACAAACGUCCGAGACUCCGAAGGACAUUCUUUUAUGGGAAACAGUCCUUUUCACGCUGCCAAUAGAAUCUCGUACAACUUUGAUUUUAAAGGACCCAGCUACACCUUGGAUAAUGCCUGCUGCACUUCUUUAUUUGCUUUAACGAACGCCUUCCGCCUACUUCAAAUUGGAGAUAUUGAUUACGCUAUCGUUGGUGGAACUCAUUUAAAUUUACAUCCAAAUGAUGCCGAGCACUUCUGUUUUCUCCAACUAAUAUCGAAGCAUGCUUGCCAAACCUUUAGUAAAAAUCGCGACGGAUUUAUUAUGUCAGAAGCAGUAGUCGCUUACCUUAUUGAAAGGAAAAGUACUUGUAGAAGAAUGUAUGCUACCGUAUUAGGAGCGAAGAAUAACAUUGAUGGCUACAAAAAAGAUGGACUUAUACAUCCUUCUUCAGAAACUCAAUCAGCUCUUUUACAGGAGGUGAUACAAGAUUCUGGCCUUAAUAUUGAAGAGGUUGAAUAUGUAGAGCUACAUGGAACAGGUACUCCAGUGGGUGAUCUUAUUGAAUGUCAGACUUUAGUAAGUGCAUUUGAAAAACGGCACAAACCUCUCUUGGUGGGUUCAAUAAAAUCUCGCCUAGGGCAUUCUGAAACGGCCUCAGGUUUAGUUGGAGUUGCCAAAGUGCUGUUGACAAUGGAAACUGGUAUUAUAGCAGCUAAUUUACAUAUGGAUCCCGUGGACACGGAUUUGCCUGGUAUCGGUACUGGAAAAUUACAAAUUGUAAAAGAGAAUAUCGACUAUAAAGAUGGUGCAAUAGGGAUCAACUCGUUUGGGAUUGGUGGUUCCAAUGUACAUGUUAUACUUAAACCAAAUCCAAAGAAGAGUACACUAUUACCUAUACAGACAUAUCAACAACGUUUAGUACAAAUUUCUGGACGAACCGAAGAAGCUGUGGACUUUCUUCUGGAUGAAAUUGAACAAAGUGAAAAUGAGAUAGAGUUUCUUGGUCUUUUAGAUGAAAUUCAUAAAUAUAAUGUUGAUGGACACCCAUACAGAGGAUACACUAUUUUGGGAAACAAUCCCACAAGAGAAAUAUCUAAGAUAAAAUCCACAAAGAGGCCAAUUUGGUUUAUCUACAGUGGAAUGGGUAGCCAAUGGGUGGGAAUGGGUAAAGAUUUGAUGGCUAUAGAGAUUUUUAGGAAUACGUUCAAGCGAUGCGCGUAUGCAAUGAAAGAAUAUCAUAUAGAUUUAAUGGAUGCUGUUAUGAACCCUACUGCUGAUACCUACGAAGACAUUGAAGUUUGUUUUAGUGCUAUAAUGGCCGUUAGCGUAUCUUUAACUGAUGUACUGACAUCAUUGGGCAUAGUACCUGAUCAUAUAGCUGGUCAUUCGCUGGGAGAAAUAGGUUGUGCUUAUGCAAACGGAGAUUUAACUCCAGAACAAGCAGUAUUGAUAGCAUAUUCUAGAGGGUACGCUUGUAAAAGAACUGAGCUUCCACUAGGUCAGAUGGCCUCAAUUGGAUUAUCAAAAGAGAAAGUACGAGUAAUACUGCCUGACGAUAUAUUUAUGGCUUGUCAUAAUAGUAAAGAUAAUGUCACUAUUACCGGACCGCAGGCAUCAGUUAGGAGAUUUGUGGAUGAAUUGAGCAAAAGAGGGGUAUUUACGAGAUUAGUUGAAACAGCAAAUAUAGCAUUCCACUCGAAAUACCUAAUGGACGCUGAUAAGUUGAUGAUGGAAUUUGGCAGAAAAAUUAUACCCAAUCCCCAACCCAGAUCAAAAAAGUGGAUAUCUACAUCUGUCUCUCCAGACCAAAGGUCAGAAGAAUGGGCUGACUUGAAUGGUCCUGAGUAUCAUAAAAACAAUUUGAUGAGUCCGGUACGUUUUGAUGAAAUUUAUGAACACAUAGAAAAGAAUGCCAUUAUAAUUGAAAUAUCCCCCCACGGUUUACUGAAGUCAGUUAUAAAACGAGAAAUCGGCCCCGAUAAUACUUUGAUCUGCUUAUCAGAUCGAGGAGUUGCUGAUCAGGAACAGUUUCUUUUAUCAGCUAUUGGCAAAAUUUAUAAUGCUGGAGCACAACCAAAUUUAACAAAACUUUAUAAAGGAGUAACAUUUCCUGUCAGUAGAGGAACUAAAAUGUUAUCGCCGUUAGUUAAAUGGGACCAUAGUUCAUCUUGGAGAGUGCCACUCUGGAAAAAUGAAGAUUGCUUUGGAAAAAUAAUUUCAGUAAACUUAACGAAUGAAAAAUAUGCUUUUCUCACUGGACAUAAUGUAGAUGGAAGAACUUUAAUGCCUGCUAUGGGAUACCUGGUUUUGGUUUGGGAAGUAGUUGCUGAACUUCACUCAAAAAAGUUUACCGAACUACCUGUAGUAAUUGAAAAUAUUAAGUUUCUGAGAAGCACAGUGCUGUCUGAACAAGAGAACGCGGAGUUUCUUGUAAACGUUAUGCGAGCAACCGGCAACUUUGAAAUACACGAAAGUGGAUCACUAGUCGUUUCAGGAAAAAUUAGUGUGCCUAAAGAUAUUAGCAAAAAGUAUAUAACUGAUAAGUUAUAUAGUGGACCUAGUUCUGGCGUGAUUUUACAGAGGGAAGACUUUUACAAAGAACUUGGAAUGCGGAUGUUACUUCUGGCUGAAGAUUUUCAAUCUGUAAAACAAAUUGACAUCGAUUCCACAGACGCACUGAUAGAAUGGAAAGACAAUGUUACAUGUUUUCUUGACGGUAUGCUACAAUUGAUGAUUCCUAUCAAUAGACCAAGAGAAUUAACUGUACCACAAUCUAUAACGAGAUUAAUUAUUGAUCCAGAACUAUUGUUCAAAGAUUGUGAUGACAAAUAUCGUCCAGUAAAACAAAACAAAUGUCUAGACGUGAUCCAGACGAAAGGAAUAGAAAUGUUUGGGGCUAAAGUUGUUAUUGCUCCAAGACGUCAGAAGAUACAAAGCGAUCCAUUAUUACAAUCCUAUCAAUUUGUAAGCUAUAUAUCUCCUUUGAAUGACAAAUAUGACUUAGACAUAUCGUUAGACAUUGCAUUGCAGAUCAUAUUUCAAAACAUUGAUGGAUAUAACCGAAAUUUAACGAUGAUAGAACUUCUUACACAAAAACAUAAACUAAGUGAAGAAUUCAACUACAAAAUUAAGGAAAUCAUAAAUAAACAGAUUUUAACUGAGGUGAAAUAUUUAAAUAUGGAACUAAAAGAUGUUGAGGAUAAGGCAGAUGUGUUUAUUAUAGAUAAAGUGCUCUUAAAAUCUUAUUUGGAUGAUUUUCAUAAGUCUCUAAAUACGAACGGUUUUGUCUUAUACUGGGGUAAAUUGAUGAGAGUACCUAAUGAUCUAGAUCUUAUCUUCCAAACUCCUAACAUAUCUUUAUUGCGUUUGAAAGCAUCGUUCCCAGAAAACCACGAAGUAGUUAAAAUAUCAACUUCAAGUUUUGAAUGGUUGAACAGGCUUGUAAGAGUAGCUCAAUCUAAUGAAGAAGAAAAAACAAUAUGGCUAUAUAGCCAAAAUGAAGAAUUCAGUGGUAUUAUGGGUCUGGAAAGGUGCUUAGUAAGUGAAAAUUUAAAAGUAGCAAUUAAAUCGAUUUGGAUUAAUCAACAGGCUACACUAUUUUCAAUAAACGACGACGGAUACAAAAAUCAGUUAUCGAAAAGAUUGAAUUUAAAUGUAUUUCGAGAAAAUACCUGGGGGACGUACGUCCAUUUUCCUAUAAACGAGACAGAAAAGAAGUUAAUAAAUUCGGCGGAAGUUUCUUUGCAAACUGUUGGAAACUUGGCCAGUCUCUGUUGGAUAGAGAAACGUCUGUUUGGAAUAAACAAAGAACAUUUGGAUCUAAUCGUUAAUGUCAAGUACCUGGCCCUAAACUUUAAAGAUGUUUUGGUAGCCACUGGUACUUUACAAUCGAUCAGAGGUACUGCACCGAGAGAAAACCCAGUAGAUAUCGGAUUUGAAUUUUCUGGAUACACCAAAUCGGGUAAACGGGUUUUUGGAUUCCUUAGUGGAAUAUCAUUUAGCACUCAAUGUCGAGUAGAACCGGAGCUUAUAUGGGAAGUACCAGAGGCUUGGAGUUUGGAGGACGCUGCUACAGUUUCAGUUGUUUACACAACGUGUUAUUAUGCCAUGUUUAUACGAGGUCAGAUGGAACGAGGAGAAUCAAUUCUAAUUCACGCUGGUACUGGAGGAAUUGGUUUGGCAGCUAUAUCCAUUGCUUUAAGUUUAAAAGCAACAGUGUUCACAACAGUGGGAUCAAAAGAGAAGAAAGAGUUCCUGUUAAAACGAUUCCCACAAUUAGAAGAAAGCCACAUCGGUAAUUCGAGAGAUCCUACAUUUUACAAUCUGAUAAAAACAAAAACGAAAGGUAGAGGUGUUGAUCUGGUUUUAAACUCGUUGAGUGGGGAACUUUUCACCAGUUCUUUAGAUUGUUUAGCAGGUGGUGGAAGAUUUUUGGAAAUAGGUAAAGCAGAUUUACUUAAAGGAACCACUAUCGAUAGUGGUAUAUUUUUAAGUAAUGGUAGUUUCCAUGGAGUUAUGUUGGAUACUCUUCUGGCAGAAAGCCGAGAAAUAAAAUCCAAAAUUAAUAGGAUUUUGUCUGAUGGAAUUGCAUCAGGAGUGGUACGUCCGUUACCAGCCUCGGUAUUCAAUGAUACUGAUUUAGAAUCUGCAUGGAGAUAUCUAGCUUCUGGGAAACAUAAGGGAAAAGUAUUAAUCAAAAUCGAAGAUGAAAAAUCACCGGAAGCUUCCAUCGUUUCAGCAUACCCAAAAAUAACUUUCGAUCCUGAAAAGGUCUAUAUCAUAGUUGGAGGACUAGGAGGUAUGGGUUUAGAACUUGCCAACUGGAUGAUAACAAAAGGCGUGAGAAAAAUAAUUCUAAACACAAGAAGACCCAUUUGGAACGGCUACCAACAAUAUUUGUGCGAAAGAUGGGAAAGAAUAAAAAACACAAUCAUAAAAAUAACUUUGGAUGAUACAACUACUUUAGCAGGAACAGAAAAUUUAAUAGCUGGAGCCCAAACGUACGGCGCUAUUGAAGGUAUCUUCCACACAGCAUUGGUACUCAGAGAUGCCACAAUUGAAAAGCAAACAAUUUCAAAUUUUGAAGACGUAUUUAAAGCAAAAGUUAGUUCUGCCAAAAACCUAGAUGCCGUAUCCAGAAAGCACUGUCCUUUAUUAAAAUACUUCGUUAUGUUUUCUUCGAUGACUGCUGGCAGAGGAAAUAUAGGCCAAACAAAUUAUGGCAUGGCUAAUGCAACGUUGGAAAAUAUUUGUGAAAUUAGGAGAAGGGAUUUAUUACCAGGACUAGCCGUGCAAUGGGGCCCAAUAGCAGAUGUUGGCGUUUUAAGUGGAGAAUCAUAUAAGAAUAAGAAUAAGAAAGUAAUGGGCUUAAUACCUCAAAAAGUUAGUUCCUGCUUAAACGCCCUAGAAACAUUGAUGUUACAAGAUGUCGUCGUGGGCGCCAGUAUAGUUUUGCCGGAUGCAGAUAAAGCAGUUCAAUCUGUGACAAAAAAGACGCCUGCUACUGCAGUGGCUAAUAUAUUACGAAUUGAAAACUUGGAUGCCGUAGAUACAUCAAAGAGUCUGUAUCAAUUUGGCCUUGACUCCCUGAUGACAUCCGAAAUCAAACAGACCCUGUACAGAAAUUUCCAACUAGAAAUCGAAUUGGAGGAAAUUAAAGAAUUGACGUUUGAUUAUUUGAUUGGCCUGCAGGAAGAGACGAGCGACACCAAAUUCAAGAUCUUCAGAAAACAAUCCAUUUUUACCUUAAAUACUCUCACGGAGUUUGCUAACCAAUACAAAGCUAAAAACAGUUAAAUACUAAAUAAUGAAAUGAUUACUUUAAAUCAAGAUUAAAAUGUUUGUUUGUUUAAUUUUGGUGUAGGUGCAUAAUGUAAAAUGUAAUGAUAACAUAAAAGUACAUUAAAAAUAAAUAAAACUAUAAAAUUUA